AUGCAGAUGCGAGAGCAGCCUGCUCGAUUCUGUGACCUCCAUCCUGCCAAACAGAAAGCAUUUACUCUCACCUACCUCCACCCAGAGCUGUCUGAUUUCACCCUGACUGACUCCAGCCCAGGAUCCAGGCCUCUUUACCAUCAACACAAUCCUCAGAGGACAAAGGACAGAGGACAAAGAUGCUCAUCGUCGUCAUCAAAUGCCGUCGAGUCGUUCCCGUUUCAUAGCGACUCAGUGGAUGUUUUUUUCUCCAGAACAUCCAACUUUGACUAUUUCUGUAGUCAUUCUGUCUCCCAGUACCAGCAGUCCACGAUUAUCAGUGGAGGCCACUCGCUGUUGACUAUAUUAGCUAAGGUGCUCCAGGUUUGUACCCCCUUGGCACUAUCCCUCAAGCGAUGGGCCAGCAUGGGCUCUGGUUCCGGGGGUGCACCCUUUACUAUUACAGCUUAUGGAAUUUCCCAGCCGAUGGUCAAUGUCACCACAGUGACCAGAUUCCUGCUUCUGGGUUCUCAGAGGAACGUGUCCCUCAUCGACUUCUGCUACAUCUCCAUCACUGUCCCCAAGUCCACCCUCAACUCCUUUACAAACGUCAACUCCAUCUCCCUGCCGGCUUGCGCUGCCCAGAUGUUUCUUGUGAUUUUCUUGGUGGGAUUGCAGAUAGCCCUGCUCACCGUCAUGUCCCACGACCGCUCUGUGGCCAUCUGCAGCCCCCGUGCUAUGACAUCAUCAUGCACAGCGGAGCUUUCGCUGAGGCUCACCUGUUCCGCUAGCUAUAUCGCCGAACAAUCAAUAUCGGACACCCCCUCGGCACUGGACCUGGUGUCCGUGUUAUAUGCUGUGGUUUCCCCGACCCUAAACCCCCUCAUCUACAGCCUGAGAACCUGGAACAUCAAGGCCGCUAUGAGCAAGCUUCUUGGGAAGGAAAGGUUUGGAAAAGAAAAAUUAUGUCAGGUGAACUUUUCCGCAUCCUAG